AUGUCUUUUUCAGAGGAUAUGUAUUUUGACGAUUUUGAAGAAACAAAUCCUUUUAGUCCAGCUCCUGAAUUGGGACUUGAACAAAGUACAUCAAUCUCACCUAAAAAAAGUGGACGUAAGAAAAAAGCAAUAUGGGACCAUUUUGAAGUAAUAGGUGUUUACAAAUCAGGACAUACUGGGGCAAAAUGUAUAUUUUGUUUAAAAGAAUAUAAAAAUGCCAAGCCAACAGAUCUUGAGGACCAUAUUGCCACCCAGUGCACAAAAGUAUCUACAAAUAUUAAAGCUGAAUACCUUAGAAUUGUAAUGCAAAGAAUGCGAGGUCCAAAUAAUGAUAAUUCAACUCAGUCAAAUACACAAUCUACAACUACUGCUAUUACUGCCUCCACUUCAACUAGCAAUAAAAGACGUCGUACUCAAUCAUCAGUAACAUCUUUUUAUGAACCUUCUUCAAUUGACUCUGCUAAAGAAAUUCACUGUACCCGUGCUCUUACCAAAUUCUUUGUCUGUUGUGGUAUUCCAUUUUCCCUAGUUGAACAUCCCUUUUUUUUAGAUUAUUCAAAAUCUUUAUGUCCUGGAUAUGAACCUCCUGGACGAAAUUUCCUUUCAACAACCCUUAUAAAUACAGAAUUAGCUUAUGUACAAGUAGCAAUUGAAGAAGAUCUAGCAAAUGAAAAUAAUUUAACACUUGUAAUUGGAAUUAAGGCACAUCAUCAAAGACUAGUUUAUGAAACUGCUUUGGAAAUUUGGAAAAAUAUGGGAGGGGGUAAAAUUUCAAGUGAAAAUUUAAUUGGACAAAUGCAAUCAUAUUCCAAAUAUAAAAAACCUUGGGAUAUUAAAUACAUUGAAGGUACACAUACAAUAAAUACUUGGUGGACAUGUGCAACUUUAAAAGAUAAUUUUAUUCAAAUAAUGGCAUUAAAAAUCACUUCAUUAACAUCUCAUAAUGUAAGUUGUGAAAGGAUUUUUUCUAUUUUAGGAUGGUUUUGUAAUAAACGAAGGAUGAAAUUAAACAUUGAUCGAUUAGAAGCUAUGUCCAAGUUACAUUCAUAUUAUGUAACUAAUGCACAGGCUGAAUUAAAAUGUGUACUUAAUAAUCAGGUUGAUGAAAAUCAAAUUGAAAAUAUUAUUCAUAAUAUACAAUAUAAUGAAAAUGAUGAAUUUGAAGAAAUUGAAGAAGAUGAAGAAACAAAUGAAACAAAUGAAACAGAUGAAGAAAAUAAUUCAAUUAAUAAUAGUGAUGAUGAAAUUGAUUAUAAUGAUUAUUUUAAUUUUUCAAGUGAAGAAUUUUGUAAAGCAAUGGAAAUGAAUAUAUCAGUUAUUAUAGAACCAGAACCUGAAAUUAUGCAUGGAGAUUUAAAUUUUAAUAAUAAUGAAUUAUUAAAUGAUCUAUUAAUAUAA